AUUGAAUUUCCGCCGGAAGUACAAGUAGUAAAUGGUAAUAUUUAUAUUUGUGCGGGUUACGUAACGAUGACAAAGUAUUAGGCACAGUGUUUCACAAUAUUGGGCUGUUUUCGAAUCUACAUGCAGUUAGAUUUCUGACACAUCAGUUUACACUUGUAAUGGAGCUCAAUGGAGAACACCAGCAGACGGACAGGAACCUCAUCUGUGCUAUUUGUCGGGAAGACAUGAAGCAUUCCAAGCAGCUCCCAUGUCUUCAUACGUUUUGCUGCUCGUGUCUUGAUGACUAUAUCAAACACAACACCCGUGGUGGAGAACCAACCAUUAGCUGUCCUCAGUGUCGACGGCGGAUAACCGUACCGGAAAAUGGUGCUUCCGAUUUCCCCAGCAGCUACUGUGUUUUAGCCCGGAGCGCUUCUUCGCGGAUAGAGUCGGGUGAUCUCACUUGCGGGGAGUGUGGGAAGGAGAACUAUGCGAUUGGAUUUUGUAUCGAAUGCUCCAGAAACCUCUGCCGUGACUGCAAGGAGAAGCACAAGGCUGCAGCCGAUACACAUUCCCAUCAUAUCUUAGUGAUGGGCGAUGGAAGAAAGAGAGUCGAAAAAUGCUGCAUGUGCGCCAUCCAUCCUGACCGAGAGUUGAAAUUCUACUGUCAGGGCUGUAAGGAGCCGAUUUGUCAAGACUGCCGACUGACUAAGCACUACGACAAGGUAGCUCACCCAGCCGUUGACAUCUCGGAAGUUGCAGACGUCGACCGCAGACGGUUAACGUCUCUAAUAGAAAACCUGUCAGUGUAUUUGCCUCCUUUCCAGAAAGCACAGCACUCUGCCAAUAAUGUAAUAGAUGAAUUAAAGAAUCACGCUCAUGAUGUUGUUGCUGACAUUAAUGCCUGGCGAGAGGAAGUUCAAAGCAAGGUGAAUCUACUGUGCGAUGACGACAUUAAGUUCGUGAAAGACCGCCUUCAAGGCUGUCUGAAAGAACUGGAACCCACACAUGGAGACAUUAAUGAAGAACUCGACUUUCUCUGCCGUGCCAUAGACACAGCCAAGCCUGUACACCAGAUGGGCGACGAUGUCAAAGUUGUCAAUGUUACGAAGGAGAUGGAGAACCUGUUGGUUAAAUACAGCCAGCUGAAGCCGAAGUCACUUCCAAGGAAGAGAUUUAUUUUCACAAAAGAGCUGUACAACAGUAAUACGCUCAACAACUACAUCGGCCUGAUGGGUUUCGAGUACACCAAGCUGAAACUGGAUUUCACCUUUGAAACUGAUCACCUGAUGGACUACAGCAUCAUCCCGGAGACCGACAGCACUGCCUGGAUGUCUUACUUCACCUCGGAGGAAAGUGCUUUAGUUCUGUACGACCAGACAGGACAGAAGAAAGAAGACAUCUCGCUAACUCCCUUCGGACGAUCACGAGUUGCGCUCCUGGGGAAAUCAUUUCUUAUUUCCUCAAAGGUAGAGAAAAAGGUUUUCCUGUUUCCUGGAAAUUCAUUGCCACCAGUAGAAUUUGCCUCAACGGAUUUACCACCAAGAGGACUUGCCGUUACAGCAGACAAUCUCAUCCUCAUUGUUGCAUCUGUGUCGGAAAUCACAGACGAAGCAGAAAAUGUCCUGCUGGUGUAUUCCCAGCGUGGAGAGCUGAUUAAGGAAGUGAAGGAGGAAAAUGGGGAGAAGAUAUUCCGUUCUCCUCGCUACGUCGCGGUGAACAUCAAUGGCGACGUCAUCGUCUCGGAUCAAGGAAGUCACUGUGUGGUGAUAAUGAACAAGAAUCUCGAGGUCAAAGGUCACUACACGCUCAAUCAGUCGAAUCCGUUUUGUCCUCGCGGCAUCUGCUGUGAUAAAUACGGCCGGAUCAUCGUCACCGACAGCUGCAACAACCGGAUCCACCUGGUCUCUGCAGAUGGUAAGUUCAUCCGGUUCCUACUCACCGAGGAGGAUGGUUUGAACUGGCCACAGCUGGUUGCAAUUGGGCCAGGAGACAAGCUAUGGGUGGCUUGUCGUGGGUGUGUUCAAGUCUACGACUACGUAUUGGAGUAAAUACUUCACUAAGAUGUUAAUGGAAGCCAACGAAUUGUCGGGGUAAGGGUCUUGUUUUGAAAGAUAAAAAUUGUUUAUUAUGAAGGUAUAGUGCUUGACCAACAAUGGUAUCAAGUAUUUGUUUUAAUAAGAUGAAAUAAAUACAAAAUGGAAACAAAACCCAAUAAUAUUGGUUAGAUUAUGACAUGAUGACAGUGAAAAGAGGUGAGGUGAUAAUACUAUUACAUAACCUCAGUGGAAGGAGUUGUCUUAGCAUUACAUGUGAUGUACAAUACAUGCAAGUUAAAUGGGUACCAAAUACAGGGUCCACACUGGCAAACAUUUUUAGUUUAGCCAGUUUUUAGAUGUGCACAUGUAUUUUGAAUAUUUCCUUUAAAAAUUAUUAAAAUGUGGUUAAUUUAAGCAAUAUUUUAUUAACCAAAAACUAAAUGUUAUAGCCAUUUAAAUUUAAAAAAAAAAAAAAGCAAGUGGCUAAUUGGGCCAUGUACAGGGUGAGCCCUGAAAUGACAGAUUUUAAAAUUCAUAUGCCAAUAGAUAAUCGCCUCUAUGACUCCUCGAGACAAGUGGCUGUUAAUAAAAGUGGAAACUUGAGUAGGGUUUUUAUGCAUGUUAAUUAUUAUAGUUUAUACAGUCCUUUGACAAUUAAAAUGUUUUGUAAAUCACAUUAAACAAAGAAACAAACACCUGUAAUCAGCAUAUGUGAUUCAUGAUGUCCUUUAUUUAAUGUCCAAUGAUCGAAAAAAGUGUUAUGCAAAAUUGGAUUUGCAUGAACAAAACUAUCAUAAGGCAUCAAAAAAUUUCAAGAACAAUAGUUUUGUUCAUGCAACACUUAAAAUUUUUGCAAGUUAUCUUAUCUUAAGCAGCACUAUAAAAUUGUAAAACCAUCUAAGUUAUGACGUCAAAAGUCUUUUCUCUAGCAAUUUGGCAAUUUAGACUAAAUACUUUUGGGACAUUUUCAUUAUUUUUAGGGCACAUUUUUUAAAAAUUAAAGACAAAAAAAAUUUAUGAACUAAAGUUAAAUGUAAUUAAUGUGCUUGCAUUAAUAAAUAAAUGGCAGAAUAUAUAACAGGGAUGUUUCAUUAAUUAAUAAUAUACUUUCCGAGUUUUUUUAUAAAGGCAAAUUUAGCAUUAUUGAAAAAGGCUUGUUUAAUCUCAGGGCAUCAUGGCACUGACUAAGGCAAAAUGGUGCAAGACUAUUGAGGCGAUGUGCCACACCAUGCUAAAACAAGCUAGAGAAAAACACUACAUCACUAUUGUGUGUGCUUAGUGAUGUCAUAGCCUACAAAGUACAAUGGUUUUACAAUUUCGUAGCACUAUCAUAGCUUCGAAAAUCCCUAGCCUGGUUUUUAAUCCAUAUUUUGUUUGAGUAUUGUAUUCAGGACAUUAUUUAUAUAGAAAUGAAAUGAGUUUCCGUAAUUUGUUCUGCCAAUUUUCAGUUCUCAUGGGCCAGAUGAUUACGGUAUCACAAUUUUCAGAGACCUAUUAUACUGGUACAUUUGAAUAAACCAGUAAAUAAUAAAGAUGAUAAAAAGUGUAUAUUUAAAGAGACUGUUUGAUGUACAUGUAAUAUAAAUUGUAUGUGAUGCAGGGCUCACCCUGGAUUAAAAAUACCUGUAGCCAAAAUAUUAGCCAAAUGGAAAUUUUAUUAGCCAUAUUGAAAAUGCUUUAGCCAAAAUUGUCUUACCUAGUACUGUAUAGAGUAUUUAUAUAUGAAUCUCAAAAUGCAUCUUUUUUCAGCUAAUUGUGUACAAAUUGGGAAAAAAUCUCAAUAACAAAACUGUAUUACCUGAUCAAAAUCAAAGACAGCAGUGGUGGUAGGGGCAGUUAAUAUAUUACUUUGAUUUUUCAGGGGGUGGGGGGUGAUGCAUUAUGCUUUUUUUUUUAAUAUAGAGCUCAUUAUUUCUUGAAAUAGCUAUCUUUAUGUUACUUUAUGUAACCCAUCAAUUCCCCACCCCCAACAAUUUCAUAAUUUGCGCCAUGUUGUUGCUGUUGAUUUCAGCGUUGUGUUAAAUGCUUGUGAUUUCUGCU